UACCGCUGCUGCAGUCAUAUGAUCACGCAAAGAUGGCGGUGGCUUGCUCGUACCGGCGGCUCACCGUCGUAGUUUUAUUAGCGUUUACUAUUUAUUCUUCGGUGCUUAGCGCGAAUAUUGAAGUUCCAGCCUACAUCUGGGGUUCUGAAAGUGGCUUGAAAAAAAUCCCGCAAGUAGGUUCAUUCGACAAGGUUGAGCCAUCUGCCUUUGGGAAUUCGGUGGCCAAGCUUGUCGCUCAAGAAAAUGCUGUGGUCGUGGCUUUCGUCCAGGACAAGCUUAGUGCGGAAGACCUCUCCAGGGCAUCAAGUGAUGACAGAAGCUACAAGUACUUAAAGGAUGCCUUCGGCAAGGAGCAUGUGCUCGUGCUGCCCUCGGUGGAGAAUCCCGUUGAUGCGCUGACAUCGCAUGGUGGCCUCAGGGUGACACACCUCAACAUCCCUGACGUUGGGGCGGUGCAGUCUGCACUGGACGGUCUGCACGAUGGCAGCCAAGUGCUGCUGGUUGACUUGCCUCGCACUGUUGGCGUCGAGAGCCGGUUAUCGGCGCUCCAGCAGGCUGACACGAUCAUGGAGGCUACCAUGCAAGCCCUCUCGUCAGGAGGCAAGAAGUUGUUUGGCCUGUACACCGGCAGAGAUUUGGCAUCGCCGAUGGAGGAGGCUGCUCACUUGUCACGCUCCCGGCGGCAUCUGCUGGCAGUGCCCGAGGCAGGGGCAGCACCCGCGUCCAAUGAGACGACUGGUGUGAUCAUGGUGCGCAACGGCUGCAUGCUCAUGUAUGGCCGCACGGUCACUGUGUCCUUUACUGAAGAUCCCAAGGCAACAACGUUCACCUCAGUCACCUACAACGACACGCUGAGCCCUGCACCUGUGCCCCAAUGCAGCUCGGACAACCAGCAUGCCAACAUCACUUUGAAGUUCCCAGAUUCUGGACCUGUUAAGGACUUCAGUCUCUUAAUGAAUGCCACCCUGAAAAACUACAAGGACCUGCAGAUGCGUGUCAAGGACCUGUGGUGGCCUCGGGGCUUCUCCUUCUCCUGCUCGCUCUCCCAAUUCCGGCAGUACAAUUCCACCAAGCUGCCCCAAUUGCAUCUGCAGCUAGACACCUUCCAAGUCCAGCUUGUCCAGAACAACACGGGUCAGUUCUCGGAGAGCUACGACUGUGCGGGCUUCUUUACUACAGUCAUCUGGAUGGGCCUACUGGUGGUGCUCCUCUACCUCAUCAUCUUGGGCACGGGUGUCUUCUUCAUCUACGACAUCCGCACGAACGACCGUUUCGACGACCCCAAGGGCAAGACCAUCACCGUCACCGCCACUGACUGAUUUCUUCGGCGACUUGCGUUUCCUUUGUGGUCCCCUCUUGCUGCUGCUAGUGGCUAACAUGUUGCAAGCAUUGACAGUAGAGCAGGGUUCUAUGUGGAACAUGCUCUUGUUAUAAGUGUAGCGCCUGGGUGAAUGUUCAUGUAAUGUCAGAAUUUAGUGGUCUGCUUCUUCUUAAUGGUGUUUAUGAUGUCCUUAGCAUUUGUGCUUAACACUGAGGACAAAGUUAAGCAUCCGGUGAAAAUUUAAUCUCCUGGUAUUAUUCAAAAUGUUCAACAGACCUCCUUCAAUGCUUUGUUUUAGAUGGUACCCUUUUGCCAUUUAUUUUCAAUGGCUUUUGUUAGUGUAUAGAGCACUGUAGCUUAAAAGAUUUUUGAUGUUAAAUACAGAGCCAGAUGCGAUGGAUGGAAGUUCCUGUCGCAUAGUUCCUUGUUCCACUGCCAAGCACUUUGAUGGUAACGCUAGCUGAAGUUCGGUGUAUGCAUUGAUGUCAUUGUGGAGAGUCGUUUUUGUAGAUGUGUUCUCGGCAGUCUAUCACUACAUGUUUCUAUUGGAGUUGAGUAAAUGAGCAUUUUCAUGCUUGGAAGAACUUCUUCACCCACCUAUGAUUUGUGAAGCUUGUAAAAACAGCUUUGAAAGAGGAUUGAGCGGCCCGUGAAAGCGUUUUACUUCUUGUAUAUAUACAUAGCAAUAUAUAUAUAUAUAUUUUUCUUUCUUGUGAGUAUUGGUUUCCAUGUUUUUGUUUUAUUGUAGCCCUGUAGAUAGCGUGUGGCCACUUGAAAAUUAGUUUGCAGGCCUACUUAGAAUAAAGAACUGUUCCUUUUGCUUUUUCUUGACAUAAAGAGGCAAAGCGUAUGAGUCAGUGAUAAUAUCAUGUUCUUGACAUAAAGAGAGAAAGUGUAUGAGUAACUGAAUGAUAAUACCAUGAACGUUAUUUUGAUGAAGUAUUUGUCGGGCAUGAUUGUCUGCAGAUGUGGAGUCUGGUGGUAUAAUUAUGUACAGUACGAGCAAAAUUAAUUACAAUAGUUGUGCAACCUGUGUGUGUCUAGCACCGUCGUGCAUGCCUGUCAACUCCUGGGUUUGUGUGUACUUUUGGUACAGUUGGCCGAAUAUACAAUGUGUUGCCCGAACUGCCGCCGUGGUGGUCAAGCAGCGGAUCAACGUCUGGCUUGAUUUGAAACAGGUCAGUCAGGAUUUAGCUUUUGUUCAUAGUAUAGUCAUGUCAAAGCUUAUAGUUCCGGUGUGCAACCAGCGUUGGCUCUGUGCAAUGUGCUGGACUUAGUGCUGCCUAAUCAGCACUCCAAAGAAAUGCUGACCAGAAAAAGGACUUCUGUCCUCACCUUCCGGUGCUUAGGAAUGCUGGAUAUUUGCCACGAAAACUUCGCCACAUUGCCCAGCAGGAGCUUCAACCCCGUGUGCAAUGUCCCACACACUUUAUGCAAAAGCUGCAUUUUGAGCAAGAUUUAUGCUGCUGCCACCGCUCCCACCCUGUCCCCUCUGACACAAACAACAUUGUCCGAAAUUCGGCAAAGCAUGGCGCAUAUUGUUUAAAUGUUCGGCCAGACUGGACCAAGCUGACAGUUUGUGAAAAGUGUUGUCUGCCUGUACAGUAUGCCACGUGCAACAUGUCGUGUGAUGCCAAGCUGUUCAUGCCUAGUCAUACACAGCGAGCACAAGUGAUUCUCAAGUCUUCAGAAGCAACGCAUCCCGUGUAGCGGGAAAGUGCAAGGCUUAAGAAAUCCUGUCUCUUCAUUCCUCGUUAGAGUGCAACACUGCUUGUAAUGGUUGCACGUUGAUUUAAAAAUGGUGUAAUUUAUUGUAUACAUCUUUUAUGUGCCAGUUGUUUUUGUUAAUCAAGAAUAAAGCACUUUUUUCCACAA